AUGGAUAAAUACUAUCCAUUAGCACUAUCUGUUUUAUGUCAAAACUUACAUAGUUACAACAACAACAAAAAAAGAAACAAUAUUAUGAAUAAUAAUUGGAAGAGACCAGAUUUACCAAGUAAAUGUACAUUUUCUUCAAAACAAUCAAUUAUUGAAAGUCCUCAUCAUCAUCAUCACCAUCUUCAUCAGGAUCAUCCUCAUAAUUCAAUUUUCAAAAGAAAUAAAAUUUUAAAUCAUUCAUUAGAAUUAAUUGGUAAUACACCUUUAAUUCAACUAAAUCAAAUUGUAAAGAAUGAAGGUAUAGAAUGUGAACUAUUAGGAAAAUGUGAAUUUCUUAAUAUUGGUGGUAGUAUUAAAGAUAGAAUUGCAAAACGUAUGAUUGAAGAAGCUGAAUUAGAAGGUAAAUUAAAACCUGGGGAUACAAUUAUUGAACCAACUUCGGGAAAUACCGGUAUUGGAUUGGCGCUUACUGCUUCUCUUAAAGGUUACCGAUGUAUAAUUGUAAUGUCAGAGAAAAUGAGUAGUGAAAAGGAAUCGUACUUAAGAUGCCUUGGAGCUGAAAUCGUUCGUACACCGGCUUCUGCAAAUUUUGAUCAUCCUGAUUCAUUGUUUCGAGUGUCAGAAAAAAUAAAAAAAUGA